GGUCCAGCCAGCGGCCAAGAUGUCCUCGGUGGGGAAGGCGACCCAGGUUCCCAGUGGGAAAGUCUACCAGCAGAUCUUCGAUGCUGAGGUGCAGCUGGUCCACUCCCUGGUGACCUCCAGGAAGCGAGAUGGGGAGAGUUCCACGGUCCUGAAGAACACCAGCAAGCCCUUGAUGAAGAAGGUGGAUAUUCCUGAAGGGGAGAUGUUGUCCCCUCGGCAGCACAAGUGGAUGCACAGCCUACCCAAUGACUGGGUCACGGAAAACCCUGUUUUCUACAGGGAAAAUAAAAUAGCUGAGAAGAAAAAAGCUCAAGAGAGUGAGAGCACCAUCGCUGCCCGGGAAGUCCGGGGCCUCAUGGAUACCAUCGUUCCUGAGAGGGUCAGCACCGUCACCUUCCAGGGGGACUAUAAGAGGAAGAGCUACGAGAACGCUCUGAUGAGUUUUAAGGAGGAGAUCGCUCAGAUUGGGAUGGAAAUGGAACCUCUCAUCUUGGAGCCAGGAGCACUUCUUUUAAAAAAGCUGGCUGAGUUUAACGAAAACAUCAACUGCCUCUUCAAAGUAGUGGAAAAUGACACAAACCUGGAAGACUACGACAUCCAAAUCCUGAUGGAGCUGUGGGAUCAGGUGGCCCAGAGGUUCCUGCUCCAGAAGCAGGGGAUUAAGGAGCUGGAUGAGACACUGACCUCGCUCGAGUUCUCCCGGGCAGAUAGAAUAAAAAGCGUGUUGAAGAAAUACGUGCUGAUCAUAGAGAAAACCUCCUACCUCAUGCAGCCCGACGUGUACAGGCUGAUAAAUAGAGAAGCCAUGGUCAUAAACCAAGCCCUGCUGGGCAACCGGAGGGCCAUCGCGCAGCUGUUUGUCAAUCUGAUGGAGGCCACGCUGAAGCAGGAGCUCGAGAGCCGCCGCCGCUGGCAGAGCCUGGUUGAUGGCUGGAAAGCUAUCAAGAAGGAUAUCCUGAUGCAGAGCCUGAGUGAGUUCAUGGCCAGUGAGAGGAUCCAGAAUCCUUUAGCCGUGAAGAAGGAGCUGGAGAACAUGCUGAAGAAACAGAAAACCCUGCAGGGAAAGCGGCUGAGGCAUAUCUGCACCAUCUGUGACCUUCUGCCCCCCAACUACAGCAAAGCUCAGCUGGAUGAAUGGUAUUCUUCUCUGGACUCCCUGAAUAACAGCUUUGACACCUACCACUCGGACUGCAUGAUGCAGCUCCGCGUACAGUAUGAGAACACCUGGCAGGAGUGCCUGGAAUACGUGCAGAAGUGCAAGAAGCAGCUGCUGGACUGGAAAGCCUUCACCGAGGAGGAGGCAGAGAACAUGGUGAGCCCAGCCUUCCUGCAGAUGGUGGGAGUGCUCCAGACCAAGGUGGAGGAGGAGCUGGAGUCCUUGGAGAAGUCCUUCGAGGCCCUCACGAAGCGGGCAGAGUGGCAGAGCUUGGACCUCUUCAGCUAUUUCCACGAGGCCGUGCAGCUGUGGGAGGAACAUCAGGACGUGCUGUCUGUGCAGGAGCUGCAGCUUGAGAAGCGGAUGGAGCAGCAGCGCCGGAAGCACAGCCUGGAGUGCCAGGCUCAGGAGGCCCACCUCGACCAGCUGUUGGACCAACUGAGGCAGCAAAGCAGUGAGGGGUCAUUGAAGUUUCACCUGGAAAAGACCAAAGACUAUCUGAAGAACAUGAAAAGCAGGUACGAACAUUUUCAUGUCAUCUUGACAAGAGAAGUGAUGGAGUACUCAGCGGUCAUACUCAAUGAACUCAACUCCUACAGCUCCAACCUCAGCAAACACUUCCAUGUUCGUGAAAUCUUUGAACAGAACUUGGAUGGGGAAGUCAUUUUCAAACUCAGGGAACCAGAAGCAUAUGAAAAGGAUAUCCAGGAGAAAAUGAGAAAACUGAGGGGGAAGCAGAGGGCUACAAUGGAAACGAGCAAGAGUGAGGAAAGCAUAAGUGGAGAUGAAAGUUUCCCUUGGUCAGCAGAAGAGGUGGAAGAAGGACAAUAUCGAGACAUUGAACACUUCGUAACUGAAGAGAUGGUGAGCCAGAGGGAAACAUCUGUACUGAGUGAAGAGAUGGAUGGGUCGAGAGAGAACUCCGUUCAGGAAUUAGAAGAAAUGCAGGUUGAAAGAGACAGCUCCUUAAAAUCAUCCCUGAGUCAGGAAAAUGUGAUGGUUCAAGAAAAGGAGAAGGAAGAGAAGAAAGAGGAGGAAGAGGCAGAGGAAGAGACUGGAGAGGAGAAGGAGGAGAAAGAAGAGGAGCAUGAAGAGAAAGAGGAGGAGGAGGAGGAGGCAGCGGUGGAGGAGGAGGAAUUUGAGAGUUUAUUUAUGGCUGAGUCCGAAGCCCAGGAAGAGAGCCUGGGGACGGCAUCCCCUGAGGACAUGGAAUCCUUCACCGUCUCCAGUGGGAACACUUACUUUGUCUUCAUUCCCCUGGAACAAGAAGAGGAUGAGAUCAAGGGGACCCAUUCCAACCUCUCUGACAUUUUCAUCGACGACACUUCCAAUGCCAAGUUCCUAGAACAAGUAAUCAUUCCAUCCAGUCUAGUUUCAGAAGUUAAGAAACAGCUUCGAGCUGGCUUUUUCGAGCACUUAGAGAAGUGGUUUGACCAAUGUACCCUCAAUGCCCGGGUCAUCGUGUCCACCAAGAUUGAUCAGCUGGAUUCAGAACUGGAGCUGCGCCUGCACCUGCACCAGCCAAGAGCAGAGCGCAUUGAAAAGGACAUCCACAACGUCAGGGCAGCUGAGCUCUUGCUUCAUCAAGAGCGUUUGGAUAGCCAUUGUGCCGGGGUGCUGGAGGCACUGAAGAAGGAGAAGCUGAUGUUCUCCCAGUUCCAAGAGGAGCAAAACGUAAAGACUAAAAACUUCCGCAGCAAGAUUUGGGACAUGGAACACAUCUUCCUGAAUGCCACCAGGAGCCAGAAGCUGGUCAAUCUCAGCAGCACCCUGCACCGGGAGCUGCUUAGCUACGUCGAUGUCAUCCAGGUGUCCCUGCGCAGCUUCCGCCAGUACUUGGAGGAGAGCCUGGGCAAGCUCCGCUAUACCAACAUUGAUUUCAUCAAGCACAGCAGAUUGUUUUCAGAGGGAGGCAACUUUUCUCCUGAAGAAAUCCAGUCACUGUGUAAUCGACUAGAGAAAGAAGCUGCCCGGAUAGAGGUUGUUGAAAGCUCCAUCAUGAUCAACAUGGAGAAGAUGGAGAGCGAAUACCUGGAUCAGGCCAAUGAUUUUAUCAACAAGUUUGAAAGUAAAUUCCAUAACUUGUCUGUGGACCUUAUUUUCUUAGAGAAAAUCCAGCGGUUGCUGACAAAUCUGCAAGUGAACAUCAAGUGUGAGGUGGCAAAAUCUAAUUCACAAGCAGAUGGGUUAAAUUCUUCUCUGGAACAGCUUCAAAGCAAAGUAGAAAUGUAUCGAAACUCAAGGGGAGAUAAAAAUGUAGUGGUCACCGAAGACCUCCAUGGCUUCAUACAGACUUGGAAAGAAAAACUGAGCCAGAGGAUUCAGUACCUCAACUGCAAGCGGAAGCAAGCGUCUAUAACUCAAGUGGUGUUUGCUAGCAGCACCUUGGCUGACUUGGACAAGGACAGUGACAUCCUGGUGUCUUCAGAAGUCCUUGAAGAGGAGGCCAAGGUAGAUGUGGUCACCCCCGAGUCCUUUGCCCAGCCAAGCCGCAUGGGGAAGCCCAUGAUUGAAGACCCGGCUAUCGAUGUGGUCAAGAAGAUCCUGCAACUUCAGGACUCAAGAUUCGCAGUUUCCCCGAGUGAUAAAACUCGAUCGCAGACAGGCUUGAAGCGACACCGGAACCAGGGAGAACACUCUGCAAAGACCUUGUCCAGUGCCAAUGCCACCUCAGUUGCGAGUAUCACACGGUUUACCAAGCCCAACAGAAUAGACAGACGGUUCCAGGUGCUCUGGGACAAGCCACCUAUUCAGGCCGAGGACUUUAAAGGGGUCAUCCAGACCCUCCUCUGGGAUAAUAAUGAGCAUCUGAUGAAUGUCAUCGAGGAGUUCUACCGCAGGGAGAAGCGCUCAGUCACCAGGCCCGACUGCAUGUCGGACACCUUGGAGCAGUGUGCGGAGAACGUCUGCAAGAAGAUCCUGGAGUACCAGAGCCAGACGGACGAGUACCACAACUCCUGCCUCAUAGAAUUACGCGCCCAGAUGAGGAGAUUUGAAGAGCUGCUGCCCCAGGUGUGUUGGCUGGUGAUGGAAAAUUUCAAGGAGAACAACUGGCAAAAACUUUGCACCUCCACCAAAGAGAUCCGGGAACAGUUCUUGAAUUAUCACAAUCAACUUGAGAAAAGGAAGGAUAAAAAUGCCCAGAGUCUUCAUCCAAAUCUUGGACACCCUAUACAUGCAAAAGAAAUGGAGUCUCUGUGUUUAAUGGAAGAGAAAAGACAGAAAGAAUUGGACACCAUGAUUAUGACCACCAAGGAGAAGCUGGAGGAAUGUAUCAGGAAGUGCGGCCGGUUAUUCAUAACCAGCUUGGCCAGCUUCACCGAGAAGUUCCUGCUGCAGCUGGAUGAAGUGAUCAUCAUCGAUGAUAUCCAGGUUGCAAAGAUGGAGCCCCCUAAACAGAAAACAUCAAUUCUCAUUCGGAGGAAACUUGCUGGGCUAUCCCUGGAGGAAGAGAGCGAGAAGCCUCUGAUUGAACGGGGCAGCAGGAAGUGGCCUGGAAUCAAACCCACCGAAGUCACCAUCCAGAACAAGAUUCUCCUCCGGAAGACACCAUCCAUCACCACCUUCAAAACAACCCUGGGCCACCUGGCCACCGUGGAAGCCCGAGAUGAUGUCUACCUGAAAUAUUUAGCAUUGUUUGAAGAGGAGUUGAAGAAGACCCAGGAAGAGAACACAGUGCAGGUGAACGAGGCCCAGCGCUGGAAGAACAGCUGGCAGAGGUCCGUGCAUACCCUCCAGAGCCUGUACUAGCGAGGCCCUCAACGCACCCCGAAUAAAGGCUCCUUUUGUACGAACUGC